AUGCCAAGUGAAGUCAAUAAGCCGUGUAUUUAUAUAAAUCCGUUUUUCAAUAUUCCUCAGAAAAAUAAUAUUCACAUAAAUCCAAAUGUACAAUUGAAUGUCGCCAUCCACGUUAAUCCUAAAAUGGUUAACGCGCUGUCUGCAACGCAGCUGAGUCAAUUAAAUCAACAAAAAUUUUAUAAUCAACAACAAACGCAACAAAUUAAUGGACAAUCUAGCCACAUUAAAAGUAUACCAAAAGCACCUAGUGUCUCGAAUUUACCUAGUAGUGGUUCAAAAUUAAACGUCCAAAAAUCAGUUUAUAUAAAUCCAAAAUUAAUGCAACAAUUAAAAUCUGUACCUGAUGUACAGAAAUCACCAAUUACUCCAAUUUCACCAAAAUUUAUUAGCAAAAGAACUUUGGUAUCGAAAAAUAAAAUUAUUAAUAGUAAUACUAUUGUUAAUUAUGAUAACAAUAGAAAUGUUUUAGUUAAUAACGCCAAUAAAAGGAUUUUUAUUAAUUCUAGUAAUAAAAAUUUGAAUAAUAUCAGCAACAAAAGUUGGAAAAAUACUAAUAAAAGUAUCAAUAAUUUAACUACCAACAGCAUAACUAUUAAAAAAAGUUCGCCGUCAUUAGUUUCGAUAUCAAAGCGUAAAUUAAUUCGUAUUAAACCAGCAACAAAAUUAUCGUUAAAUAAUUCACCUGUACUUAAAAAGAGUCCGGUGUUAGUUAAAAAAUCGCCUAUGAAAUUACAUAAUUUAGAGGGAGUUAAAAGAACUACUUUGUGUAGUCCAAUUACCAAAUCUUUUAAAUUAAACAAUUUAGCGGCAACUAAAAAAAUAACAUCCCCGGGAACCAAGUCUCUUAAAUUGAAUAACUUGAAUAAGUAUAAAAAAAUAAAUGUACGUCCGGUUGCAAGUACGAGCACGAGUAGAGUAAAAAGUGCGAUAGGAAUGUCUUCGGGUAAUAAAUACAAAAUAGAUAGGACGAAAACAGAGAAGAAAAAAGCGACAGUUCGCAAAAGGGUAGUGAGAUGCAAACCCAGGUCUACAAAUACGAAUUUAAUUAAAAUUGAUGGAGUGAUGUAUAAGUCAUCAAAGUCACAACUUGUUAAAAGCAGUCCCAGUAGUCAAUCUACUAUAUCGAAGAAAUUCAAUACUGUUAAUGUUAAUCGAAAUAGUUUAAAUAAUUCUCGUAGCAAAAAUAUCUAUAGGCAAAUAAAGUCUAAUAGCAAGAUAGUAAAUUUAAAAAGUAUCAGUACAAAAGUAAUUUUCAAUAAAGACUCGGCUACAACUACGACACUCUUACAGCGCUCUAAUUACAAACAUUUUUUGAGUAAUCGAGCGAAGCAAAAAUCAAUCCAAAUUUUGCGACACAAAAUGUCGAAAAAUAAUCAACCUUGCUUGCUCUUCCAACGUUUCGGAUUUUGCGCUAAAUUCAAUGAAGGAACUUGUCCCAAAGUACAUGACAAAAAACAAGUAGCCCUUUGUAAAAACUUCCUUCAAGGUAAUUGUCUCGUUGACAAUUGUCGUCUUUCUCACGAUGUUGGUCCGGAAAAAAUGCCAACGUGUAAAUAUUUUUUGGAUGGAUGCUGUGUUCGCGAUUCAUGCCAAUACCUUCACGUAAAAGUAUCUGCAAAUACUCCCAUUUGUAUUCCAUUUUUACAAGGAUACUGUGAAAAGGGUGACAAGUGCAAACAGCGGCAUACAAACAUUUGUCCUGAAUUCGAAAAAACAGAAAAGUGUUCAAAAGGUAAGAAUUGUCCUUAUCCUCAUAAAUCCUCAACGUCGGCACAAAAAUUAAAAGUAUAUAAUAAGAAAAAGUGUAAAGCCACAAUCACCUUCAGUACACAAACGGGCGUUGAUAACGAAAAAUCAGAUGCUUAUUCGUCUUCCAACUUAUUACCGAUUCGCGAUGAUAACAAAAAACGUUAUUACGAUAAUGAUGAUUGUUUGGACGAGACAUUGGCGGCUAAAAGAAUAAAAAUAAUAACUAAAAUAAAUACUAUGAAAUACGUAAUGUCUGGUUCUGAACAAAAUCAUCCAUCAGUAGCACUUGAUUCAUCUGUUGUCACUCAUAAUAAUGCACACCAGCAAUCAGAUAAAUCCUCACAGCCUGAUAGUCAAAAUUUACAAUUUAAAAGGCCACCGAUCGGACCUUUACCUGCCUAUAUUCCUAUUUGA